AUGAAUAGCUUCGCUGUUAUGUCUGUUCUCGUUGCGGCUGCCACCGCUCGCAAGUUCACGGUCAAGAACAACUGCGCGUUCACCGUCUGGCCGGGUCUCUACACCGACCUGAACGCUGGCUCGGCUGUCCCCGACCACGCUACUGGCUGGGAGCAGGGCGCAGGCGAGGAGGUCUCCUUCGACGUCCCCGACAACUGGACUGCCGGCCGCAUCUGGCCGCGUACGGCCUGCGACUUCAGCACCAACCCAGGCCCCACCUCGUGCGAGACCGGCGGCUGCAACGGCGGCCUCGAGUGCUCCAAGGACGCCGGCACGGGUGUCCCGCCCGCCACAGUCGCCGAGUGGACGCUCAGCGGCGACGGCGACGCGGACUGGUAUGACGUCUCCCUGGUCGACGGCUUCAACAUCCCCCUCGCGGUCACCCCGUCGACCGACUGCCAGGAGGCGUCCUGCCCCGCGGACCUCAACCCGGACUGCCCGGCUGAGCUCCAGCAGACCGGCGCUGACGGCAAGGUUGUCGGCUGCAAGUCGGCGUGCCUCGCCAACCUCGACGGCAACCAGCAGGACUCCGCCAACUGCUGCAGCGGCUCGCACAACACUGCUGAGACCUGCCCGCCCGACGGUGUCCAGUACUACGACUACUUCAAGAACGCCUGCAAGAACUCGUACGUGUACGCCUACGACGAGUCCUCCAAGACGGCCCUCUGGACCUGCCCGACCGCCGACAAGGCUGACUACACCGUCACCUUCUGCCCUUAA